AUGGCGCAAGUACUAGAGAUGGCUAUGAAGAUCCCGGAGCGGAUCCGCUCGAUGCGUCAAGAGCGACUAUCAUCGCUGCGCCCACUCGGCGAAUUCUUUGACCAUCAACGCAUCUCUCGUCCACAAGAUACCAACGAAGCGUUCCAACGUAUCACUUACAACACACGCCACUUUUCGGGCAACUACGCCGUCAUCGUAGCGCUGCUCACUGUUUAUGGAAUGAUCAACGACACUCUGCUCUUGUUCGCCAUCCUCUUCCUCGUGCUCGGCUUCUGGGCGAUCAAUCGGUUCGCACCGGAGCCUAUGCAAGUUGGAGAGCACGUGAUCACGCAGAAGAGUCUGUAUACGGGACUGUUUGUGAUCGGUAUCCCGUUGUUGUGGUUCGCGAGUCCGUUUGGAUUCAUGUUCUGGUUGGUGGGGAGCUCGGCGUUCUUGAUCUUGGGUCAUGCGGCUUUCAUCGAGCCUCCCGUUAGCAGCGAGUACACCGGUGUCGAGACUGUCUAA